AUGGAGGUUUCCCCUGCGAUAUCCUUUGAAGCGAUGAGGGCGGAAAUUGACGAGCUGAAAGCACAGCUUCAGAAAACCCAGCUUCAAACAGCUCAGCUUCAAACAGCGCCUGCAGAUCAGGAGAAGGCAGAGCUUUCCAUCAAGGUCAAUGCUGAAGAAGUUCCAAAAACGUACCUCCCCACAGAGCUCAUUUCCUACAUAGGCGAGUAUCUCUUCACGGAAAGGAACUUGGCUGAGUCUCAUGGGUCAAUUUCCAAAAUCAGAAAGAAGCAACAUGACCUUUACAACUUCUGUCUUGUCUCUCGGCAAUGGAAUUCAGUUGGUGUCGAGCUACUCUAUCGACGUCCCGAGCUUUCUGAUGGUGAUAGCUUUGAAAAGUUUGUUGCAAGCAUGAGGCAACCUGUGAACAAGGCACUCUUCGCGCCGCUGGUCGAAAUCCUCGAUUUGAAGAGACUGGUGCAUCAAAGCUCAAAUAGCCGGACAGCGCGAAUCCUGAACAUGACUAAAUUCAACCUCAAGUCAUUCAUGUGUCCGCGAGUUGGAUUUGGUAUCAACUGUGUUUCAGCGCUGUCGAAAUGCGAACAGCUUACCCAUCUCGACCUCACAUUACUUCGGACUGAUCCAUUGCAGUUUGAUGCCUUGAAGAAGGCUAUCAGCAAUCUGAGCAACCUCCAGUCGGUGAUCCUACCGACUGGAUUGGAAAUGAGGAAAGCUGAUAACUGGGGGGCUUGGCCGCCUAAACUAAAGGAAAUCUCCCUUUGGACCGGUAACAUCUUUGACAUGAGCGCGAAUGAGUUUGUCUGGCCUGCUCAUCUGAAGACUCUGACUAUCAGAUUACAGAGCCAUUUUUCUAUCCCACAAAUGGCGAAUAUUCUUCAAAAUCCCCAACUCUCAGGGGUGAGAAAGCUAACAAUUGAAACGGAUUCAUUUGUGCAUGCUGAGUUUGAUAUCAGCUUUUACGCUGAAGUCCUCGCUGAAAUGCGCAGCCUUGAGCAUCUGCAGAUUCCGUAUCAAUUACUUCACUGGUUCCAUCGCGCUAGUCCUGAAUUUGACAUUCGGGCUUUACCUGCUUUGCCAAUUCGGUCAUUGGUGCUUACUAAGGAUACUUCUACUCCUUUGAAUUCCACUUUUGUGAACAAAGAAGACUUCUCGCGAGAAUUGCUUGAUGCUCUGGAUGGCCCAUUCCGCAACGUCCUUUCACUUUGCUGUUAUGGCUGGAAGAUCACUGAGCAUCCAUGGCCUAAAGUCAUCCACAAGCUUGUCAUGAGUCACCUUGAUGAACUGGGUGAUGAUCUGGACGAUGAACUGGACGAGGAUUUUCAGCUCGAAGGAGACUUGGGUUUUUACUAUGAGUAUGUGUGA